GGGCCGGACCCGGACCAGAUCAGGAUGAAGGCCCUGAUCCUGGUGGGCGGCUAUGGCACCCGGCUGCGACCCCUGACCCUCAGCAUCCCUAAGCCGCUGGUGGAUUUCUGCAACAAGCCCAUCCUGCUGCAUCAGGUGGAGGCGCUGGUGAAGGCGGGUGUCAGUCAUGUGAUUCUGGCUGUGAGCUACAUGUCAGAGAUGCUGGAGAAGGAGAUGAAGGAGCAGGAGCAGAGGUUGGGAAUCCGCAUCUCGCUGUCCCACGAGAAGGAGCCUCUGGGAACGGCGGGGCCCCUUGCACUGGCCCGGGAGCUGCUCAUGGAGAACUCGGAUCCCUUCUUCGUCCUCAACAGCGACAUUAUCUGCGACUUCCCUUUUACUGACAUGGUGCAGUUCCAUCAACGUCACGGCAAGCAGGGCACCAUUGUGGUGACCAAGGUGGAGGAGCCCUCCAAGUACGGAGUGGUCGUGUGCGAGGCAGAGACUGGUUGCAUCCACCGGUUUGUGGAGAAGCCCCAGGUGUUCGUCUCCAACAAGAUCAACGCUGGCAUGUACAUCCUCAGCCCCUCCGUGCUGGAGCGUAUCCAGCUACAACCCACCUCCAUCGAAAAGGAGAUCUUCCCUGUGAUGGCCAUGGAUGGACAGCUGUAUGCCAUGGAGCUUCAGGGGUUUUGGAUGGACAUCGGGCAGCCCAAGGACUUCCUCACGGGAAUGUGCCUCUUCCUCCAGUCACUGCACCAGAAGCACCCAGAGCGGCUCCACUCGGGGCCCGGGAUUGUGGGCAACGUGCUCGUGGACCCAACCGCCCAGAUCGGCCAGAACUGCAGCAUCGGGCCCAAUGUGAGCAUAGGGCCGGGUGUGGUGGUGGAGGAUGGCGUGUGCAUCAAGCGCUGCACCAUCCUGAGGGGCGCCCGCAUCCGCUCCCACUCCUGGCUCGAGUCCUGCAUCGUCGGCUGGAGCUGUCGUGUGGGCCAGUGGGUGCGCAUGGAGAAUGUGACGGUGCUGGGGGAGGACGUCAUUGUGAAUGAUGAGCUCUACCUCAACGGGGCUAACGUGCUGCCCCACAAGUCCAUCGGCGAGUCAGUGCCUGAGCCCCGCAUCAUCAUGUAGGGGGGCCAGCCGUCGUCGUCCCCCCUUCGGCCCCUUUCCUCCCGGCUUCUGUAUUUAUUUCCUCUUGCUGCCCUGGGCCUUCCCUGCCCCAGGGUCACCUUGUGCCUUGAGGGAGGGACGGAGAGGAACAGGGAGGGCUGGGACGCGCUACUGCGGCCUUGUAGGGGAGCCAAGGGACCUGUCCUCUGGGGGUCGGGAGGAGAGUGAGAGGGGAUGGUCUCUGUACAUAGCUCUGUUUAUAAGAUGAGAAUUUAAACAAAACUGGAAUUAUAUUGUUUUCAGAAA